UGGGAAAAGGAGAGGCCGCCAUGUUGAGUGUGGCAGGAGAAACCGGGUCAAGGCACCUCCCUCCCAGGUGAAUCGUCCACAGCACGUGCAGCAGGUAGCCGGUCUGAGAGCUCCGCUAGUUGCUGCUGAUAUGGCUGCACAGUCUAUCACUCUCGGCAUCGACCUGGGCACUACGUCCGUGAAGGCAGCCUUGUUGGAGGACGCACCGAGCCACCCAUCCGGGUUCGUGGUACUGGCGAGUUGUACCCGCCCCUCGCGAGCAGAUACAGAGAGCCAGGCUGCCGUGCCCCAGGGGCGGGAGCAGGAUGUGAGUAGGAUCAUCCAAGCCCUGAACGAGUGCCUCGCUGCUCUUCCCCAGCAGCAGCUCCGGAAAGUCAAGGCCAUUGGAGUGUCGGGACAGAUGCACGGCAUCCUGUUGUGGGAAAUAAGCCAAGGCUGUGAAUGGAUGGAGGGAACUGCUACCCCUCUGUUUGAGGCCAGAGCUGUGAGUCCCCUGGUCACCUGGCAGGAUGGCCGGUGCAGCAGCGAGUUCCUGGCUUCUCUGCCCCAGCCAUCCUCUCAUCUCAGUGUGGCCACUGGGUUUGGCUGUGCCACCAUCUUCUGGCUUCUGAAAAAUAGCCCCGAGCUCCUGCAGUCCUACAACGCAGCUGGCACCAUCCAAGACUACGUGGUUGCCAUGCUGUGUGGCUUGCGGAGACCCCUGAUGUCUGACCAGAAUGCCGCUAGCUGGGGAUAUUUCAACACCCAGAGCCAGAGCUGGAACAUGGAUAUACUGAGGAGCUCGGGCUUUCCUGUCCAUCUGCUCCCUGACAUUGCCCAGCCUGGCAGUGUGGCGGGCAGAACGUCCCACACGUGGUUUGAAAUCCCAAAGGGGACACGGGUAGGCGUGGCCAUGGGUGAUUUACAGGCCUCUGUCUAUUCUUGCAUGGACCAAAAGACAGAUGCAGUUCUCAACAUCAGCACCUCAGUUCAGCUGGCAGCCUCUAUGCCCUCGGGAUUCCAGCCUGCGCAGACUCCGGACCCUGCGGCCCCUGUCGCCUACUUCCCCUACUUUGACAGGACCUACCUGGGGGUGGCAGCAUCGCUCAAUGGGGGCAAUGUGCUGGGCACAUUUGUCCACAUGCUGGUUCAGUGGAUGGAAGAUCUAGGCCUGAAAGUUGAAGAAACCACUGUGUAUUCACAGAUGAUCCAGGCAGCUGUGCAGCAGAGAGACACCUGCCUAACAAUCACCCCAACAGUGCUGGGGGAGAGGCACCUGCCAGACCAGCUGGCCUCAGUGACCCGCAUCUCCUCCUCCGACCUCUCCCUGGGACACGUGACUCGGGCCCUGUGCAGGGGCAUUGUUCAGAACUUGCUCUCCAUGCUUCCAUGUGAGCAGCUCAGAGAGUGGGGAGUGGAGCGCGUGAGGGGAAGCGGGAGUGCGCUGUCCAGGAAUGAGGUGCUGAAGCAGGAGGUGCAAAGGGCCUUUCCCUUGCCUGUGUCCUUUGGGCAAGAUGUGGAUGCGGCUGUCGGGGCAGCUCUCAUCAUGCUCAGGAGGAGCCUUGACCCGAUGGACUCCUAAUCCACCAAGUGUCAUCCCUUUGUAACUCAUUUUGCAGGUCUUGUGAUUGCUGAAAGCCCUUCAAUGAGCGGUGGGGAACCUUUUGGAGCUCCCCAUGAUAAUGAACAGCCGCUGCAGCACACGUGCCACAGGGUCACCACAGCCACUUUAGAUGAUGUGCCUGUGGUACUGAUUGCAUUCAGAUAUUAAAUAAAGCUGGUUCUUUCAGA